AUGAAAGCAAUAAUUGUGAUAUUUACUUUAUUUAUUUUUUCAUAUAAUAUAAAAUUAGCAAAAUUUGAAAAAUCAUUAUUUAAUUAUCUAAGUGAAUUAUCUUUUAAUGAGCCUUUUGAAAAGCUAUUUGAAAAUUGUCUUGAAAUUCCUAAUAACUUGUGCUUAGGAGGAACAACUACUCCCAUUAUUUCUCACAGUAUACCUAAUGGAUUAGUAGGGAGAUGGACAUUUGAUGAUGUAUAUGCAUUAGACUAUAGUUCAAAUCAAAAUCACAUGCACAAGUUUAUAAGAACCGGGCCUAGCUUUAAUGGGCAUGGUUAUAGUGGAGCAUUUAUAGGAGAUAUAUCAGGAUUCGUUCCUUCUGGUGAAACAUUAAAAACAACUGAAUUUACCAUAGUAUUCUGGAUUUAUCUACUAGAAAGAUCAACUAGUCACUUUCGCAACAUUAUUUCACAAAUAGACAACAAAGAAGAAAAAAUAGCUAUAUUAUUACAUCCUUAUAUAACAAAAAUAUCAGUACGAAUAAUUGGAGAAGAUAAUUCGAAUGAAGGUUUAUCUUCUAUUGGUUAUAUUCCAUUGAGAAGAUGGACUAAUAUUGCUAUAACAUUAAAUGAAAAACAAAUAGAAAUAUACAUAAAUGGAGUAUUUGAUAAUUCAGUACAUUUAAAAAAUAAGAUUGUAGAGAAAGGAGGAAAUAUAACAAUAGGAAAAAAUAACAAUUAUUCUAGUUUUAACGGAUAUUUAGAUGAAUUACAUUUUUAUAACAGAAGUUUAAGUAUUUCAGAAAUAAAAUCUUUUUCCAUCCCAAGCAUAACAGGAAUAUAUGAUACAGAUUUUGUCCAUAUUGGUUGUCUUAGUUGUGACUAUGAUACUGCUAAAAGUGAUAAUUUAUGCAAAAAAAAUUAUGAAUUAUGUUCUUUAUUUAAUUUAUAUAAUGGGGGAAUACAUUAUGCAAGGGUAAAUGGGAUUCUUACAGAAAAAUCAAAUAUUUGGACUUCUGAUAUAUCAGAAGAUACUAUAGAAAAAGGAGAAAACAGAAUUGCUUUAUGUUGUAAAAUAUACAAGGAUAAUAUUUAG